AUGGCAUCUCAAUACUAUAUUCAUAACACAAACCCAUUAGAAAUCUAUGAAACUAGUGAUUUCACCUUGAUUAAUACCAUUGAUAUUGCUGAUAUCAUCACAUAUAAGUGGUAUAAUGAAGAACUCCUAGUUUUAAGUCCCGGAUUUCUCAUUAUAGUUGAUCCAUUGGAAGGAGAAAUUGAUAGAAUCGAACUUAAUCAUGAAAUUUAUGAUAUAACAGUAGUCAAGGAUCAUAUAUGGGGGCUUUAUGACUUAGGAGUAAUUGAAAUCAAAUUAGAUAAAUCUAAACUGAAAACCAUCAAAAUCAAAGACAUCAAACAAAUUAUUACUGGUAAUGUAGGAAACAAUGAAAUCUAUUUAAGAGGUGAAAAUAAGAUUUAUAAUAUGAUUAAAAGACAAAUCCAUGAAAUAACUUCCACUGAAAGUGAAUCCAUAGGUUAUAUUGAUGACAAAUUAGUCAUUAUCAAAGAUGAUGAAGUUAUAAUAGGUGAAGAAAGUUACCCUCAUAAAGAUGUCAUAAAAGUUAUCAAAUUCGAAGCUUUUGGAUUUAUUUUCAAAGACAAAGUUAUUUAUAAUGAUCAAGAAUAUAAAAAUGCAUCCGAUGUGAUCAAAGUAAAUAACGAAUUAAAAUUUAUCACCAAAAGUAACAAUGGUUUAGAAAUUUCCAAAGAUUUUGAAGAUAUAUCAAGUGAAAAAUUGAGUUCAAAAUUAACAAAUAAUUGUGAUAAAGAUGAAAUUAUUAACUAUUGUAAUGAAGUUACUGAUGAUGAAGAAAUCAGGUCAGAAAUCAAAAGUUUAACAUCAAAACAACAAAUCAAAUUAUAUGAAAUCAUUAUAUCAAAAAUCUCCAAAAAUUCAUUAAACAAUAAAACCUUAUCAGUUUGGUUAAAAUGGUGUUUAAUAAUAAAUAAGAACGAUAUCAAUUCAUUGAAACCAAAGGCAAUCAAGAAUUUGAAUAACAAUUUAUCAAAUUCCAUUCAAUUAAUGAAUAACUUGUUAAGUAUCAAAGGUAGAUUAAAUUUAAUCAAAUUACAAAAUGAUCUUAAAUCUAAAGAUUUAAUCAUUGAUCAAGAUUUCAAUAAUGACGAUGACUCCCUUUACAUUGCUAAUGGAGAAAAUGAUGAAGAUUUCGAAUUAGAUGAAUAG